AUUCUAUUCAUUUAAUUGGCCUAGACCCCCGUACGAACGGCCCUGUUCCGCAACAGGAGCGGUGACGGCCUUCUCCAUUUUUUAAUAUGACGCAUACAAAUUGACCUCGACAGUUUUGAAAAAUAUAUAUAUAAUAAGCUAAAAUUAAUCUGGACGAUUGAUUUGUUUCUUGUUUCUUUCUUCAGUCAAACACUAUAAGAACAUAACAACAACAAGUUUAUAUUCAAACAUGGCUGCUUCUAAUCCAAAAACCUUAUACGAUAAGGUAUUUGAAGAUCAUAUCGUUCACAAGGAUGAUUCAGGAUCAUCAUAUUUAUUAUAUAUCGAUAGACAUUUAGUUCACGAAGUUACAUCUCCUCAAGCAUUUGAAGGAUUAAAAAAUGCUGGUAGAACUGUCAGAAGAUCAGACUGUACUUUAGCUACUGUUGAUCAUAAUAUUCCAACCAUAACACGUAAAAAUUUCAAAAAUGUGUCUACAUUUAUAGAUCAAGAUGAUUCAAGAUUACAAGUUGAAACUUUAGAACAAAAUGUUAAAGAUUUCGGUGUGACUUACUUCGGUAUGGAUGAUGGUAGACAAGGUAUUGUCCAUGUCAUUGGUCCAGAACAAGGUUUUACUUUACCUGGUACUACUGUUGUUUGUGGUGAUUCUCAUACUUCAACUCAUGGAGCUUUCGGAGCAUUAGCUUUUGGUAUUGGUACUUCUGAAGUUGAACAUGUCUUAGCUACUCAAACUAUUAUUCAAGCUAAAUCUAAAAAUAUGAGAAUUACCAUUGAUGGUGAUUUAUCAGAAGGUAUAACUUCAAAAGAUUUAGUUUUACAUGUUAUUGGUGUUAUUGGUACUGCUGGUGGUACUGGUUGCGUUAUAGAAUUUGCAGGUAAAGCUAUUGAAAAUUUAUCAAUGGAAGCAAGAAUGUCAAUCUGUAAUAUGUCUAUUGAAGGUGGUGCUCGUGCUGGUAUGAUUAAACCUGAUCAAACUACUUUUGAUUAUGUUAAAGGUAGACCAUUAGCUCCAAAAGGGGUUGAAUGGGAAAAAGCUGUUAAAUAUUGGAAAACUUUACAUUCUGAUGAAGGAGCUUAUUUCGAUUAUGAUAUUAAAAUCGCUGCUUCUGAUAUUGUUCCAACUAUAACUUGGGGUAAUUCUCCUCAAGAUGCUUUACCAAUCACUGCUGCUGUUCCAGAUCCAUCAACUGUUACUGAUCCAAUUAAAAAAGAUGGUAUGGAAAGAGCUUUAAAAUAUCAAGGGUUAACUCCAAAUACUAAAUUAGUUGAUAUUAAAAUCGAUAAAGCUUUCAUUGGUUCAUGUACCAAUUCUCGUAUUGAAGAUUUAAGAGCUGCUGCUAAAGUUGCUAAAGGUCAUAAAAAAGCUGAUAAUGUUAAAUUAGUCUUGGUUGUUCCAGGUUCCGGUUUAAUUAAAGCUCAAGCUGAAAAGGAAGGAUUAGAUAAAAUCUUUGAAGCUGCUGGUUUCUCAUGGAGAGAAGCUGGUUGUUCAAUGUGUUUAGGUAUGAAUCCUGAUAUUUUAGAUCCUGAAGAAAGAUGUGCUUCUACUUCUAAUAGAAAUUUCGAAGGUAGACAAGGUGCUCGUUCCAGAUCUCAUUUAAUGUCUCCUGCUAUGGCUGCUGCUGCUGCCAUUAAAGGUCAUUUCACUGAUAUUCGUGAAUUUGAUUAUAUAAAUCAUGAUGAAGCUGCCAUUCAAAUUCAUACUGAAGAAGAAGAUAAAGCUUUACAAGAUGCUGUAUAUGAACAUGAAAAGGAAAUCAUUGAAGAUACUCCAACUACUGAAGCUGAACGUCUUUAUGAUAUUCCAAAAUCCUCAUCAACUGAACCAGCUGCCAAGAAAGCUAAAAUCGAUGAUACAGUAGGUGGAAUGGAUAAAUUCACUGUUCUUACUGGUAUAACUGCUCCAUUAGAAAAAGCUAAUGUUGAUACUGAUGCCAUUAUUCCAAAACAAUUCUUAAAAACCAUUAAAAGAACUGGUUUAAAAACUGGUUUAUUCUAUGAAGCUAGAUUUACUAAGGAUCCAGAAACUGGUAAAGAUGUUGAAACUGAUUUUGUUUUAAAUGUAGGUGAUUACCGUAAAGCAGAAAUUUUACUUGUUACUGGAGAUAAUUUCGGUUGUGGUUCAUCAAGAGAACAUGCUCCAUGGGCUCUUAAAGAUUUUGGUAUCAAAUGUAUGAUUGCUCCAUCAUUUGGGGAUAUCUUUUACAAUAAUUCAUGUAAGAAUGGAUUAUUACCAAUCAGAAUUCCUCAAGAAGUUAUAAAAGAAAAAUUAUACCCUGUUGUUAAAGCUGGUUUUCAAUUAACUGUUGAUUUACCAAAACAAGAAAUUAGACAUGGAGAAACUGAUGAAGUUUUAGUUGAAAAUUUCGAUAUUGAAGAAUUUAGAAAACAUUGUUUAGUGAAUGGUUUAGAUGAUAUUGGAUUAACUUUACAAAAGGAAGACUUUAUUAAGAAAUUUGAAGAAGUUAGAAGAGAUAAAUAUUCUUUCUUAGAAGGUGGUUCAAAAUUAAUUAAACCUGCUAAGGGAACUAAAAAGUCAGUCUACGGUCUUAAAACACAAGAAUGGUAAGCCUGUUUUUUUUAUAUUUAUUUAUAAUUAUAUAUAUUUUAUGUACUUUUUAAUGAUAACAAAGAUAACCAUAUA